UGAUCCUGUCACAUGUGAAGCGCUCACCAGGAAGAGGAGCUAUAGAUACUUCACAACUUCCUGCCUACAUCUGGGUCACGUGGUUACGACGUCAUCUGGAACGCCUCCAUGCCACUUCACCCUGUCAGCUACAGUACUCUGGCUUGCAAGUAUGUCAAAUAAAGAAGUGAAGGCCAUACUAAAGAAUGCCAGAGAUGCCAUCAGAAAUAAAGACUACAAAGAAGUCCUCAAACAAUGCAAGGCUGUGUUAAAGCUGGAAAAGAACAACUACAAUGCUUGGGUGUUCAUUGGCUUGGCAGCAUCUGAAUUGGAGCAACCAGAUCAAGCCCAGGCAGCUUACAGGAAAGCAGUAGAGAUUGAACCUGACCAAUUACUUGCCUGGCAGGGACUUGGAAAUUUAUAUGAAAAAGUCAACCAAAAGGACUUUAAGGAAGAUUUACCAAAUGUGUACCAAAAGCUUCUGGAGCUGUACAGAAGCUCUGACAAGCAAAAAUGGUAUGAAAUAUGCAAAAAGCUUUCAGAUCUCUAUCAGCAAGAAAAGAAUUAUGUGCCGGCUGCACACACAUGGCAUCAGCUGAUCAAAAUGAAAGAAGAUGAAAGCAUCAAGUCCAAUGAACUAUAUCCUCUUUGGAAAAGGAUGACGGAGCUUUUGAGUGAAGAUGUGGAAAAGCUGGAUAACGAGACUCAGGAACUGCUGCUGAAUGCAUUUGAAAGUGCUAUCCCCUGUAUAGAAGAGAUUCCAAGUGAGGAGCACCAGAUGCUCUACCAGCACUAUAUCACAUGCUUGUCUAAGCUUCCUCUUGAAGAAGCCAAACUGAAGAAGGUCUGUGAAAACAUGAUUACUGUGUAUCCAUCCCUUAUUUAUCCUCUGAAAGUACUCGCCUUGCACUACAUAAAAUCUGGUGAUAUCACUGAAGAGGCUAUAUGUUGCUACAGCAAGCUUCUAGAACUUGAUCCCUUGAAUGGGCCUGGACUUAUUGGAAUGGGGAUCAAAGCUCUACAUGACAGAAAUUAUGUACUGGCUUCAGAAAACUUAUCUAAAGGGCUGAAAGACGUGAACUGCUGCCCUUCUGCUUGGUGUUGCCUGGCACAGGCUCAACUGAAAAUACACAAGUAUGCUGAGGCUCUUGUAUCCUGUGAUCAAGCAAUAAAUGGUGCCACGCAAGAUAAUUCUGCACCUCAAACCGUUGUUCAAAAAGACGCAGCUCUUCGGUUGAAGGCAGAAGCGUUAGUAGAAGGCAACAGCUCAAACAAUGCAGAGGAAGCACUAAAAGCCCUUGAGCAGAUUUCUAAUGCAGAUAAUAAUCCAGAAAUUUGUGCUAUUAAAGGACAAGCUUAUCUAAAGAAAGGCUGUAUAGAUGUAGCUUCAAAGAUUUCAGAAGAGCUUAGACUGUCACAUGAACAUUUGGCUGAAGGACAUUUUCUGGAAGGUCUGCUUCAAUAUAUUCAGAAAAACUACUCUGCUGCAGAAAUAAGUUUGCAGUAUGCUCUUGAGAGGAAGCCAGAAAAUGCAGUGUAUCACUAUUAUCUGGGGUUGAAUUAUUGGUUUAUGAGCAAAGAGACAAGGAGGGACAAAACGAAAGCUGUGACCCAGUUUUUAAAGGCUGCCAAAAUGGACCCUUUUAUGUCUAGAGCGUUUUAUUAUCUAGGUCAUUAUUACAGUGAAGUAGCUGGUGAUAAAAGCCGAGCACGUGGCUGCUACAAAAAAGCAUUUGAACUUGAUGACUCGGAUGGUGAAGCUGGUGCAGCCGCAGUUGAUCUGAGCAUGGAGCUAGGAGAUAUGGACGUGGCUUUAGCCAUUUUAACAAGUGUAACAGAAAGAGCAGAUGCAGGAACAGCUAAAUGGGCUUGGCUUCGAAGAGGUCUGUUUUACUUGAGAGUUGGUCAGCAUUCCAAAUCAGUGUCUGACUUACAUGCUGCCCUGCGAGCGGAUCCAAAGGACUCAAACUGCUGGGAGUGUUUAGGAGAAGCCUAUUUGAGCAGAGGAGGCUACACAACAGCCCUGAAAUCCUUCAUGAAAGCCAGUGAACUGAACCCUGACUCCAUUUACAGCGUAUAUAAGAUAGCUUCCAUUAAACAAAUCCUGGGAACCUACAAAGAGGCAGUGAAUGAAUAUCAGCAAAUUCUAAUGAAGUCUGGUGAAUAUGUUCCUGCACUUAAAGGCCUAGGAGAGUGCCAUUUAAUGCUUGCCAAAAGUGCUCUUUCAGACUUCUUGGAUUUAAAGGCUGUUGACGCUAUAGAAAAAGCUAUUGAAUUUCUGGCUAGGGCUAUACGGCUUCGCCCUGACUUAUUGUGCCUGUGGAAGCUCCUCGGAGAUGCGUGUACAUGUAUAUAUGCAGUCACACAUUCAAGUGUCAAAGUAAAUGUCCUGGGGAUACUGCUCGGUAACGAUGAAGAACAACAGCUCUUAAACAAACCUGAAGUGUUGGCACUAGGAGGAAGGUGUUAUGGCCGUGCAUUGAGGAUUCAGUCCACAGCAAAUCUCUGGUGUGACCUUGGCAUCAAUUAUUAUUACCAGUCCCAGCACUUGAUGGGUUACGAUAGCUUAACAAAUGAUGCCAGUGAGUUAUUAGAAAAAUCUCAGCAGUGUAUCAAGAAAGCUGUAAUGGUGGAAAGUGGAAAUCACCAAUUUUGGAAUGCCCUUGGUGUGGUCUCUUGUUCCAAAGGUAUGGGCAACAAUGCUCUGGCACAACAUGCAUUCAUCAAAUCAAUUCACUGUGAGCAAAAUAAUGUGGCAGCUUGGACAAACCUGGGGGCUUUAUAUUUGAUGAAUGGAAAUAUUGAGCUAAGCCACCAAGCAUUCAAAGUAGCGCAGUCUCUUGACCCAUUAUAUGUAAGAUGCUGGAUUGGUCAGGCUUUAAUAGCAGAAACAGUUGGGAGCCAUGAAACCAUGGAUCUGUUUAGACAUACAACUGAACUAAGUAUGCACGUUGAAGGAGCAAAAGGAUAUGCCCACUGGGUCUGUACAACUCUCCAAGAUAAAAACAACAGAAACACAGAACUGUACCGGUAUAACAUUGUACAGAUGAACGCCAUCACUGCAGCUCACCUUGCUUUAAGCAAGUAUACAGAAAGGAUCCAAAAUGACCGGACUGCUUUUGAAAUGCUCGGCUAUUUAAAUGAGCACCUGAACCUGAAAAAGCAAGCGAGUGAAUCUUACCGUAGAGUGGUUUCCAUUCUGCAAGAGAGAGAAGACAAGGAGAGCUCUAACUCCGCUCUUCAACAUUAUGGACGGUCACUCUGUGCUGUAGGGCAGUACCAAGAGGCCAUCCAAACCUUCUCGUCCACCCCUCUGACUGAGUUUGAUGAUCUCACCGGCAUUGCUCUUGCUUUCUUCAAAAAGGGACUUUUACAGGAAAGCAUGAAAGCUUACAAGCAAGCGUUGUCUGUUGCCAAGUCAGAUCAAGAGAAAGCACAUAUUCUCACAGCCCUGGCAAUAAUUGAAUAUAAUCGAGGUGAAUUUGAUACAGCCAAGACUUUGCUUUUCAAAUGCUCUGUUUUAAAGGAGCCGAGUAUUGAAAGCCUGCAGUCACUGUGUGCGCUGGGACUGGCAAAACGCGAUGUUACUCUCGCAACGGCCGCUCUCAAUGAGCUUCUCAAGCAUGUCAAGAUUAAAGACAACAUUUAUGAAAGAUGCCUCAUUACUUCUGCCAUAUAUGUACUGCAAGGCAGAAAUGAGGCUGCACAGAGGCAAGCUUGUCGAGAUAUUCACAGUCACCCUGGAAAUCCAGAGCUGUGGGCGUUCCUCUCAAGGCUGGUCCCUCAGCAUGUCCCUAGAGAUGCAAAGGGUGGAGCGGUUGCUGGAACUGUGGCGUAUACACUCAAUAUUAACCAUUCAAAGAAGGCCCUGUUAUAUGCAGCAGUAAAUGAACUGUCAGCUGGGGCUCUCCUUGCUGAUGAUCGCAAGAAAAAUGCCCUAAACACUUUGCAAAGAGCAGCUCAUUUCUUCCCAGAUAACCCAGCAGUUUGGGCCAGCUUAAUGGCUGCCUGUGAGGCAGAGAAUACAGCCUCGUAUCUUAAUAAGAAGAGUAACAAGAAAACUGACCUGAGUCUGACUUUCCUGGCCUCUGUGAAAUCCAAGACUGAAGGUAUGAAGGCUGUUCCUGCUAGUUACACACAGACACUGAGGAGCUGGUCAUUGUGUCAGGCAAUUUGUGCUUUAAAGGAUCAAGGUCGAAUUUCAGAAGCAGAAGCUCUGUGCACGAAGAGCAUUCAAAACUGUCCAGACCAGACACCCUUCUUUCUGCUUUUAAGACAAAUUCAGUGCAAACAGCUCCAGUCCCAAGCGCAGAUUUCUGAACCUGUUUUAGAAGAACUGAAGAAAACAGUCUUGUCUAAUUUCACUUCACACAAUGCCUGGCAUUGGCUCGCUGAGGUGUAUCAGUCCUUGGGGAUGAUGAUGGAUGCAGAGAUGUGCUACAGGAAAAGUUUACAGUUGGCAUCACAGCAAGGCAACUGGAAUGGGAAACUCUCCAGCCUGCUGCGAUUAGCCCUCCUUGCGCUCAAGGUUUGCAUGGCUAAGAUUCCUGAUAGUCGAUGGCCAGGACUUUUACAGGAGGCUACUAGUGAGGUGCUAAAAAUGACAUUUUGUCCUCUAGCGGUUCUUCUUCAGGGAAUUCUCCAGUUCAGUACAAAAGGCUCAAGGAAAACCCGCCAGCUACUUGAGAAAGUGGUGUAUCAAAGUGGCUGCAGUGAUACCAUAGCAUUUGUUGCCCGCUGGUAUCUCUUGAGGCAUCUGCAUGGCAAAAAUGAUGAUCAGUUAGUGGAGGUGCUGCUAGAUAAUGCCAAAGCCCAUGGAGACACCAGAAUAAUAGAUCUGCACAAGCAACUGACCGAAUCAUCAUAAUUUCUCAUGUUUUUAUGUCGGCUAGAAUCGGGAGAGGCUUGGCUUUGAAGCCGAACUGGAUUCUUUUACAGAUGUUCUUAUGAAUUAAAAGGAACAGUACAGAAAAAUAAAAGUUGCACUUAUAUGAAA